AUGAUCAACGAGAACACCGCCAAUGCAGAGACUUCCAAGACCGCAGGUAUCACUGAGACCAUCGACAGCUUCGGCGAGGCCAGCAACACUUCCGAGACCGAGAACCCGCCUGCGGCCGAGAAGGCCAUCGUCAAGGAUAUCAGAAACGCGACCCCUACCAAGAUACCCCGUAUGUACAGCGGCCCGAGGAACCUUCAUUCCUCGACACCCCAUGCGGCUACCGAGGUGUCGCCCACGCAGAAGAAGGUCACCUACAGGCGCUGCGUAGCCUGCGACAUUGGUGUCUGCAGCGAGACCAUUUGA